UACCAUCACUGCGCUCACUCACACUCACACAACAGAAAGUUUGGAGGCCGGCGAGCAGUGGGAUACCGACGGAUAGGAAGUGACGGGACUGCGUGAAUUUCAGAGGAGUCGGGAAUAUCAACACAAAGCAGAAUGAGAAGCAACGUGCGAUCAUCGGACUGUUGGCUGCGGUGCGUCGGGGGAAGCUGAAAUUGCGCAUGAUCUCAUAUGAACAACGCCGGAGCGAGAGACUUCAGUGGUAGUGAACUAGGCUCCCAGGAGUGAAAAAAGCAGAAAUUCUAGUGACGGGUUCUGUCGUCUGAUUUCUAUGACCGUGUUUGUAAUUCUUCUGGAAAGUGCCGGCCGACUGGGGACCAUAUGGGACUGCGAUCUAUAAACUGUAACCCCGCUUUGAAUAUGAAGGAAAAGACUUUACGAAAAAAUCCAAGUAAAUAGUGAGAUGGGGGGGAUAUGAGCGCAGAUCUUUGGAUUUCGCCUCGAUUAUUUCCUCUGUCGGGUUCAGUUUUGAGUCUUCUGGGAUGUUUGCGAGUUGCAUCUCUGCGCCUUCGGUUCGGAUCCUGACCCGUCUGUGCGCCCUGGUGCUGGUCGUCGCUGUGGGACUCGGCUCAGAGCUGCGGGUCAGGGUCCGGCUCACUGACGGACUGGUGACCGAGGAGGUGUUGGAGGCUGACAGUGAGAGGGACACGAUAUCGCUCGAGUUCAAGCAGGGAGAUGGGACACUCAUCACUUUUGUGGCGGACUUCAAACAGGAUGUGAAGAUAUUCCGAGCGCUGAUCCUGGGCGAGCUGGAAAGAGGGCAGAACCAAUACCAGGCCCUGUGCUUCAUCUCUCGCCUCAGCCGCAAUGAGAUCAUCCCCAGUGAGUCCAUGGCCCGUCUCAGGCAGAAAAAUCCUCAGGCCAUCCGUUUGGCAGAGGAGCGGAGAGGACUGGAGCAGCUGACAAUGAGCGUGGCGGUCAACCUAAGUCGGGCCUGGCAGCUCAGCUCCCACAUCCACAACAUGUGCAGCGAGGCCCGGGAGGCCAUCUACACCAGGGAGGCUGAUGUCAAACACUGGCUGGACAAAGGAGUGGAUGGCUCCUUAUUUGAGGUCCUGCCCCAAACAACGGAGGCGCCCAACUUUCAGGCCUGUCACUUUACGAAAGACUUGUGGCAGCCCUGUCUCUGCACAUACAGCCUGCGUCUGGAGUGGUACCCAUGUCUGCUCAAGUACUGCCGCAGCCGGGACACCACAGGCAAAGGCUCUAACUACAAGUGUGGCAUAAAGAGCUGCAGCAAGGGUUACCAUUUCACCUACUAUGUUCCUCAAAAACAACUGUGUCUAUGGGACGAGGAGACCUAGCAUUUUGUUCUGGAUGGUUAAGAAAAGAGAAAUACAUUUUUCCCAGCCAAGCCAAUGCUUCUCCACCCAUGCUAUUCAAAGUAAACACAGUAAGACUGGACCUCGGUUUAUAUGAUGGUAAGUGAAGCAGUCUCAGGUGGGGAGUGGUGAGAUCCAGAUGUUCAAGCUGAAACUGAAAUGAAUUCAGGUUCCAAAUGAGACCAAAACCUUGACAAGGAAGGAGACAUGCAGGCCACAGUUGUUCAAAGAGGGACCCACUAACUUUAAGCCUUUUCUUGGACAUGUGACAUAUCGUUGUCAGCUAUAAUGUGACUUUGCCAAGAUGCUGUCACUUUUGUGCCUUUAUUGUGGAGAAAUUAUUGGAGCAGAUGACAGACAGACAACAACAAUAACCUCUCAAACAAGCUACGGUAUGCACAAAGCUUGGACAGUGCAUUUCUGCUCAAUUAAACACCAGCAGAGGAACAGCAGAGUCCCACUCUAAUCAAAAGAGUCAUACAAACACAAGCUUCCAUUAUGGUGAAGGAAAAUGUGGAUGGUGGAUUUAUCUUUCUUACAAAGCUAUGUGAAAAAAACAGUUUAUAGCCAGCAAAAACGCCUGUUUAUAACAAUGUAAGCUGGCUGACAAAGAAAAUGCUUCUCCAAUGCUGGCUUUAUUUAUUUUAGUUGCAAAGUGAAAUUAUGGAGGACUAUUUUUGUAUCUUUUUUUUUUGUUUGUUUAAAAAUAACCUCAUCAGUUUUCUUUCCUUUUUGCAUUAAACAAGCUCUUAAAGGCACACGUCUGAACCACAGGUCCUCAAUAACAAGAAGUAUUCAAACACAUUUCAGAACAUUUUAACCUCUUGCAUUUUGGAUGUUGUUUCUAGGCUCAUCCAUAUGCCAUGCUACUUUGUUGCUCAUGGUUAUACAGAGAGUAGGGAUAAACAGGUGUAGUAUAUUCUUUAAUAGGACAGUUUUAGUUCUGCUUUCCCCAUCAUGUCCACCAGUCACACUCUCAUUCUGUUUUCAAAAGUGUCAAACCAAAGUCAAAGGAAAUCCUGUCAAAAGAAGGGUGUAAUAUAUCAGUUUCUAGAAACAGACUCUUCAGUAUGGUGUUUUUCCAUGUUGAGUUCACUAAAACUGCAGUGUGGCCUUUUUUUUUUUAAACAAACAAUACUGCCCUCUUCUGGAUAAACAGUGUUUCUGUUGUAUCCAGUUGCCAGAAUUCUGGUUUUUGGCUUCUGGGUUUAUGUGUUCAUGUCCACAGUUUAUAAUUUAUGAAUUUUAUAUCCCUUAUCAUUUUCAUAUGUAAUUCAAGGGGCACUUCUUGAACAUGUGGGACCAAAUUUCAUUUUGUCCGUUUGUUCUUUAGAGCAAUAGGUUGAAGUAUAUUUUUGGUUUGUCUUACCUCCAUCUUCAUUUCAGUCUUUACUGCCAUAUCAAAUCUUUUUUUUAUGUGUUGGUAUGUCCUACUAACUAAAGAACCAAAUGAGUGAAACAUUUCUAUUUGUGGCCUUUUCUGGUGAUCAAGUGCCUUAACAUUUCCACUGAUAUAUUUGCUAUGUAAUUGUAGAUUAAGUUUGUAAACAUAUUUUUUCUAUGAAAGAGUUCUUUAAAAUGUUGUAAAAAGUUGCCAUAAGGAGAAAAUGAAGCAAUUAGUACCAUUCAAGAGUUGUGUUUUACAUGAAUUGUUUCAAUAAAGUCUUUCUUUGCACUGCA